AUGGACACGUCGGUACUUUUACCUGUCGAAGCAGAGGGUUUUAUUCAAAGUCUGGAAACGUUCUCACUCAAAGAAGUGGGCUCUACGAGGUGGUUCAGACAGCACGAGUAUAUUGAGAAACUCAACAUGCAGGCGAUACUGAAUGCCUCUGCCAUGCACGACGAGUUCAUCAAGGAGCUCUUGGUGUCAUAUGGAAGGAUACCAGUCCUGGUCCACGAGAUGAUCCUGGUUGAAGUGUGGAAGCACAAAGUUUUCCCUAUUUUAUGUCAGCUGCAGGACUUCAAUCCAAAGAACACCUUUCAUCUUUACAUGGUGAUCCACCAUGAAGCCACAAUCAUAAACCUACUUGAAACAAUAAUGUUUCAUAAGGACUCAUGUGAGGCAGCUGAUGAAUCUGUUCUUGACUUGGUGGAUUACUGCCACCGCAAACUCACCCUGCUGGUCAGUAAAACCACCAUGGAGGGCGCUGCGACUCAUGACCAACACAACCCGACAGGCAAAACAGUUGAAUCUUCCACAGAGGAGCUGCAGAUUCAAAGUGCUGCUCUGGAGUUUGAGAUCACCCUGAAGGCCGUAUCGGUGCUGCGCUACAUCACUGAUCAUACUGACAGUAUCAGUGUUAUCAAUCGCAUGCUAUGCACCCAUAAUGUGCCUUGUGUUCUGGUUCAGUUGAUUGACUGCUGUCCUUGGAGUCGCUGCAAAGCAGGUGAGAUAGAAAAGUACAUAAAUGGCAAAUGGCAGAAGAUUCCUGUGGAGGACCAUUUAAAGAUGACAAAACUAGACGGGCAGGUCUGGAUUUCCCUUUACAAUCUGCUCCUGAAAGAAGACUGCCAAAGGAAAUACGACUUCAACAGUUUCAAUAAAAGCCAGCUUCUAAAGCUUCGGGGUUUCUUGACAGAGGUGUUGAUUGAUCAGCUCCCAAACCUGGUGGAACUCCAGCGUUUCCUGGCUCAUCUCUCUGUUACAGACCCUGCCCCUCCAAAAAAAGAGCUGAUUUUGGAACAGAUCCCUGAAAUGUGGAGCAACAUUGUGAGUGAGAAUUCUGGCAAGUGGAAAGCAAUAGCAAAGUAUCAAGUUAAAGAAACAUUCAACCCAUCUGAAAGUGAUCUGAGACUACAGGCACAGAGGCUGGCCCAGACGUACAACUUGGAUGUGAUGGAGAGUUUAAUCCCAGAGAAGCCAAAGUGUAGAUCUUGCGGGAAAGAGGCUACAAAAAGAUGCUCUCGAUGUCAGGGAGAAUGGUACUGUCACAGAGAAUGUCAGGUGAAGCACUGGCCAAAACAUAAGAAGGCCUGCCAGCUGAUGACAGAGACCUCAGAGAAGAUCCAGAGGGAUCUGCACAUCAGCAACUGA